UAUUCACCAUUAUAGUCGGUAGUAAACAGUUUGUCGGUGAUGCUAUACAAUGUUUGGUUCCCCCGGAGUAUAAACCAACUUAUAAUGCAUACGUCCUUGCUCAUUGUUGGAUGAAUAACACCUACUAUGUGGAUAUGGAGGAAGAAAUCCCAAAAGAGAUCGAAAAGAGGGGAGCAAAGGAAUUAGCCUAUUAUCAGUGGAUUCCAAUCAUUUUAUUGUUUAUGGCCUUUUUAUUCAAGAUUCCUUAUGUUUUAUGGCGGAUUAUGUCCAAUGCCACAGGAUUUAACGUUUCAACAUAUGUAACUUUGGCAGUGAAUUCUCAAUACGGACCUUGUGAAAAACACGACGAAAGGAUGAAGCAAAUGGCCGAACAUUUAGAUAAAUGGUUGGAAUUUUACAAGAAAGUUUUAACACUUCCUCCAAGAUGUGAUCCGGAAAAACAGAGUCUUUAUGGGAGUAGUCUGAUUAAGAAAUUAUUAACCAAACGGGCCUGGGGUAUAUCGAACCGUUUUCCACUUCAGACAUUAUGUGAAUUAGUAAUACGAAGUAUGAACAAUGUUUUGAGAUUUACUGUACAGUGCGUUCUGCCAAUUAAUCUUUUUAAUGAAAAAAUAUUUCUCUUUCUGUGGUUCUGGUUAGUUUUUGUAUCUGUUAUGUCUUUUUUAAGUUUAUCAUUUUGA